AUGGACAGGCUUGCUUUCCGACUUCUCAUCAUCGUGGCACUGACAGCUAGAGGCCUGGAAAUCAACCCUAACCGCAAGAUUUUGGAGAAGGCUGAGGGAGAGAACGUGUCGUUGGCCUGCCACUUCACUCUUGCCCCGGAGGAUACAGGAAAUUUGGAGAUCGAAUGGAGCGUGAAGUCCAUACGCCACCCACUGGACACGGCAGAGUUUCUCCUGUAUACGGCUGGGCAUAUCUACGACACUCUCUACGAACCUCUGAAGGGCAGAGUCUACUUUGACUCAGAGGACCCUGAAAAAGGAAACGCGGCCAUUCAUCUUUUGCUGCUGACUACCAAAGACACGGGCGUUUACUACUGCCAGGUUAAGAAGGUCGUGGGCAUCAGGAGAAUCUAUACAGUCCUCAGAGUGCUCAAGCCGCCAUCAAAGCCCAGUUGCAAUUACACAGAGGGGGGCCAAACCAAAGUGCUACGUUGUCGAUCUCAGGAAGGUGCGGCACCUAUCCAGUACCACUGGUCAAGACUACCACCCUGGAAGCUGCUACCCAAGUCGGCGCUGUUGGACAAAACGGCAGGCACGCUCACCAUCCACGAGGCCAAUGAAGGGACUUACAAAUGCACUGCGAUUAAUCGUGUUGGAAAGAAAGAGUGCUUCCUGGAACUGAACCUACCACGUCCUCCAUCGGUGACAAUGAUUGCAGGAGCCGUGACAGGGGGCCUGGUCGCCAUCAUGAUCAUCGCUUCCAUCACAUACCUCAUCGUACGGCGCGUUUGGUGCCUACGGCAUCCGCCGGAGGCAGAAACCCCCAAUGAGAUCUUGGAGGAUGCAAGUCCCCCCCAACACACCACAAGAUCAGUCUCGCCCACGUCACACGCCGGGGCCGGGCGGUUGAGGACAAUUGAAACGUCAAUGUGA